AACAGAUUCCUAAAAUAGAAAAUAUUUUGUUGAGAAAUUAUCAAAAAUUGUUUGCUCACCAUGAAUAUUGCUUUAAAAUUAGGGUCCUUAACCGGUUGUAUUCCAAAAAAGUUCUUGGCUCGUAAUGUAAUUCAAAGACAAAGUCAUGUCGUUUCUUACCGCAAUGCUCCUCCGCCGCAUUCAAACGCAACAAAUAUUGGAGCUGUAACAGUUGGAGGAGCUAUGUGGUGGUGGGUAAUUUGGCACUUGUGGCAUGAGCCCGACCAUAUAACGGGCGAAUUCGAUUAUCCUAACCCAAAGCAAUGGAGCAACUCUGAAUUGGGUGUUCCAAAAGACGAUUGUUAAAAAUGUCAUAUUCAAAGUUAUCACACAAUUUUUGAAUAAAGUACGAAAUUCAGCCAUCAA